GGAUGAAGUAGCCGCCGCGAUGGCCCGCGCGCGCUGCCUGCUCGCCCUGCUGCUGCCGCCGCUGCUGCUCGCCCUGCGGGGCGGCGCGGCGCUCCGGAGCCCGCUGGCCGUGAUCAAGAGGCUGAAAGAAACGACUAGACCAUUUUCCAAUGAAUGUCCUGGUACCCCCAGACCAGUAAUUCCCAUUGACUCAUCAGAUUUUGCAUUGGAUAUUCGCAUGCCUGGGGUUACGCCUAAACAGUCUGAUACCUACUUCUGCAUGUCAAUGCGCCUGCCAGUGGAUGAGGAAGCCUUCGUGAUCGACUUCAAACCCCGAGCCAGCAUGGAUACCGUCCAUCACAUGUUACUGUUUGGGUGCAAUAUGCCUUCAUCCACCGGAAGUUACUGGUUUUGUGAUGAAGGAACCUGUACAGAUAAAGCCAACAUUCUGUAUGCCUGGGCCAGAAAUGCUCCCCCUACCAGGCUUCCCAAAGGUGUUGGAUUCAGAGUUGGCGGAGAGAGUGGCAGUAAAUAUUUUGUCUUGCAGGUACAUUAUGGCGAUAUUAGUGCUUUCAGAGAUGACCACAAGGACUGUUCCGGUGUGUCCCUGCACCUCACACGUGUGCCACAGCCUCUAAUUGCUGGCAUGUACCUUAUGAUGUCUGUUGACACUGUUAUACCCCCAGGAGAGAAAGUGGUGAAUUCGGACAUUUCAUGCCAUUAUAAAACGUACCCCAUGCACGUGUUUGCCUACAGAGUUCACACUCACCACUUAGGUAAGGUCGUGAGUGGGUACAGAGUCAGGAACGGAGAGUGGACGCGCAUUGGACGCCAGAGUCCCCAGUUGCCACAGGCUUUCUACCCAGUGGAACACCCAGUAGAAGUUAGCUUUGGUGACAUACUGGCUGCAAGGUGUAUAUUCACUGGUGAAGGAAGGACAGAAGCAACACACAUUGGGAGAGCGGGAAGUCCCACAGUAACAGGUCCACUGAAUGGGGUGGAUGAGGACGCUGGUGCCUUUCCCUCAGGUGGCACAGGCAGCAGCAUUCACUGCAGUCACAUGUUGGAAAGACACGAACAGAGACUAAUAGAUCUGCUUCUGGACAUGGCAGGAAGGAGUUCUAAUGGAAAAAUAUUUGAAGUUGAUGUUGAAAUUGCCAAACAGUCUAUGACAAUCAAGACCAUGUUGGCAGAUUUAGGAAUGGAUGAUGAAGGAGAUGAUGACCCAGUUCCUCUACCAAAUGUUAAUGCGGCAAUAUUUAAAAAGGUCAUUCAGUGGUCAAGCUACCUAGACAUCAAAGGUUUGCUUGAUGUUACAUUCAAGACUGUUGCCAAUAUGAUCAAGAGGAAAACUCCUGAGGAAAUUUGCAAGACUUUUAAUGUCAAAAAUGAUGUUACUGAAGAGGAGGAAGUCCGGUGCUACAGUUUUGUGCUGAAGAUGGUUAUCAUCUCCAGCCACACCCUAAAUUAUCUGUUUAGUGGAUCUCUCAAGCAGAGAAUUCCUGAUAGGAUUGGCCUUGCCUUUUUUGGUCCCAGUCUCACAAAAACAGAGAACAAAGAUAAGAGUGCUUUACUACAGCAACCAAAAAGAGAAGAAGAAGAAGUCUUAGACCAGGGUGAUUUCUAUUCACUGCUUUCCAAACUGCUAGGAGAAAGGGAAGAUGUUGUCCAUGUGCACAAAUAUAACCCUACCAACAAGGCAGAAUCAGAGUCAGACCUGGUAGCUGAGAUUGCAAAUGUAGUCCAGAAAAAGGAUCUUGGUCAGCCUGAUGCCAGAGAGGGGGCAGAACGUGAGAGGGCCAGUGCUAUUCUUGUCAGAGACAGAAUUCACAAAUUCCACAGACUAGAAUCUACUUUAAGGCCAGAAGAGAGCAGAGUGUUGAUACAGCAGCCCCUGCCUGGUGAAGGCACACGGGAACCAGAACACACAGGAGAUUUCCAUGUAGAAGAGGCAUUAGACUGGCCUGGAGUAUACCUGUUACCAGGCCAAGUUUCUGGGGUCGCUCUGGACCCCAGUAACAACCUGGUGAUUUUCCACAGAGGUGACCAUGUCUGGGACGGAAACUCCUUUGAUAGCAUGUUUGUUUACCAACAAAGAGGACUUGGGCCAAUUGAAGAAGAUACCAUUCUUGUUAUAGAUCCAAAUAAUGCUGCAGUUCUCCGGUCCAGUGGAAAAAACCUAUUUUAUUUGCCACACGGCUUGAAUAUAGAUAAAGAUGGAUAUUACUGGGUCACAGAUGUGGCCCUCCAUCAGGUGUUCAAACUGGAUCCAAACAGUAAAGGACCUCUCUUAAUCCUGGGAAGGAGCAUGCAGCCAGGAAGCGACCACAGGCACUUCUGCCAGCCCACUGAUGUGGCUGUGGACCCAGGCACUGGGACCAUCUACGUGUCUGAUGGUUACUGCAACAGCCGGAUUGUGCAGUUUUCACCAAGUGGAGAGUUCAUCACACAGUGGGGAGAAGGCACAUCUGGGAGCCAUCCGAAGCCAGGCCAGUUCAGCGUCCCUCACAGUUUGGCCCUUGUGCCCCACCUGGGCCAACUGUGUGUGGCAGACAGGGAAAAUGGUCGGAUCCAGUGCUUUAAAACUGACACCAAAGAAUUUGUCAGAGAGAUUAAGCACGCAUCAUUUGGAAGAAAUGUGUUUGCAAUUUCAUAUGUACCAGGUUUGCUCUUUGCAGUGAAUGGGAAACCCUACUUUAAGGACCAAGAGCCCUUACAAGGAUUUGUGAUGAACUUUUCCAAUGGGGAAAUUAUAGAUGUCUUCAAGCCAGUACGCAAGCACUUCGACAUGCCUCAUGACAUUGUGGCAUCCGAAGACGGGACUGUGUACAUUGGAGAUGCCCACACCAACACUGUGUGGAAGUUCACCUUGACGGAAAAAAUGGAACAUCGAUCAGUUAAAAAGGCUGGCAUUGAGGUCCAGGAAGUAAAAGAAGCCGAGGCAGUUGUUGAAAACAAAAUGGAGAACAAACCCACCUCCUCAGAAUUACAGAAGAUGCAAGAGAAACAAAAGCUCAUCCAAGAGCCAGGCUCGGGAGUGCCCGUUGUUCUCAUUACCACCCUUCUGAUUAUUCCGGUGGUUGUCCUGCUGGCCAUUGCCAUAUUUAUUCGGUGGAAAAAAGCAAGGGCCUUUGGAGCAGAUUCUGAACACAAACUGGAGGCAAGUUCAGCACGAGUGCUGGGAAGAUUUAGAGGAAAGGGCAGUGGAGGCUUAAACCUUGGCAAUUUCUUUGCAAGCCGCAAGGGCUACAGUCGGAAAGGGUUUGAUCGCCUUAGCACAGAGGGCAGCGACCACGAGAAAGAGGAGGACGGAAGCGAAUCCGAAGAGGAGUACUCAGCACCUCUGCCCACACCGGCCCCUUCGGCCUCCUGAAAACCAGGCUCUGACUGCGUUUGAGUGAGAUUUCUCAAGAACACCGGAUUCCUUUCCCUUCAGCACGUUUAAAGUUCUGUGCAUUUAAUUAUAAACUGUACUAGUCUAUGUGGGACGGUACACAUUUUAUUUACUUUGAUUUGGUUAAGUUGGCUUCUGUUUCUAGUUAAGGCGUUCCCUAAAAAUCCGCAACAGUGCCAUUGUCUUUACACGAACAUAGAGUAGAGAAACCGUCCUCUUCUUCCAUUCCAGGACUAAUCUAGCGAUGGAAGGUUUGCUCCUUUCCAUUUUUGAGACUUUUUUGUGGCUGUAAAUAACCCCACAUUCUCUGCUUGGUCACAGUAUUUUCCACUCACUAGCACUCCCAUUGCCAGUGUCUUUCUUUGGUGCCUUUCCUGUUCAGCAUUCUAAGCCUGAGGCAGUAAAGAGAAACUUUGUGCUAGACGAGGACAGAGCUGCUAAAUCUCCUUCUAUUUUUUUAAAAUCACUAACAUUAUAUUGCAAUGAGAGAAAGAAGAAAGUCUCUAUUUAAAUCCUUUUUUUAAUUUCUUUUUCAGUUGGUGUGUUUUUGGGAUGUCUUAUUUUUAGAUGGUUACACUGUUAGAACACUAUUUUCAGAAUCUGAAUGUAAUUUGUGUAAUAAAGUGUUUUCAGAGCAUUA